AACAAAGACUUACAAUGUUGCCGCCACAAACAAAUCGGAGCAAGCAGCCACGAGGAAGCCACAAACCCAGAACAACGAGACGAGAAGAUUUGGUACCUCUUCUCUACUUUGCGAAACAACCACAAUCAAGCUACAAUCCCAGAACCCGAAGAGGAGCGAAGGAGGAAGAACGGAUAAUGAAGGUUCCGCGUACUCACCGGCUGCAUGAAGGGUUUGUCGUCGCAGAUUCCCUGCGCUGCGAAGCUGAGUCGCCGUCGAUCAGCAAUCGACGACAGCCGCUUCCCUACGCCGCGACAGAGAGACAGAAUUAAAGGACAGCUAGAGUUACGAAGGGUUAGAGUUGGAUUUUCAGAAAAAUAGCAUGGGCAUAUAUGGAAUAAAUUGACAAAAUAUUGAGGGAUUUCAGAAUAGCUGGUGGUCAUAAGCUAUUUCACAAACCCACAAAUGUGGGUUUCUGAAAUCCGGAAUGUUUAAAAUCUCUGAUCGAAAAAUUAGUUCCCAAACGAGUGAUUUUAAUUAAAAUCUCUCAUUGUGAGAGAUUGUGUCCAAAUCACUCAUUAGAAACACUAAUCCAAACGACCCCUAUAUGUUAUCCAAAUAGGGGUUGGCAUUCUCCUCAACAAAACAACCCUUUAUAUGUGAUUUGGUUAAUUUGGUUUAGAUAAUUGGUUUGGUCCUAGAUUUCACUAAUUAAAGUAGUAAACUAACCAAUUAUUCUAUGUAUUUUGAAAUUUAUUAAAUCAUCAAGAUUCUAAUAUAUUAUCACUUAGGUUAUGUUUUUUUCUUCAUUUAACUACACUACUACAACUCCAUUUAUUAGAACUUAAAAUAUAUUUAAAUUUAAACUCAAUGUGUAUUAUCGAGUACUAGUUAGUUCAAAAUUUAGUACGAAAAAAUUUCAAACUCCUAAUUCGAAAUUGAUAGAGAAGGGGUUAACCGUUAACAUCUCCAACAAUUUCACUAGAAAGUUUUUUUUCUUUCACCUUUUCCUUUACAAACAAACUAAUAUCCACUCUUCAAGGUGGAGGAAAUGAAUCAACAACUUUAAUAACGACCCCUUCCUUCCCGCCUUUCAUCUCACUCUUCUCCUCUUUUUUCUCAAUCCAACCAUUUUGUCUCCUCCCUCGUUUCUCGCCAUUCCCUUUUCUGACCCCAACACCCUCCACCAUUGGCAAUCACGGACUCAAACAAACAAACAAAUAUACAAAUUUUUAAAAACCUUUCGGCGAAUGAGAAGAGAGCAAACUCAAAUUAAAGAAACCAUAAAUGGGUCGUGUAAAGCUUCAGAUCAAGAGGAUAGAGAACGUCACGAAUCGGCAAGUCACGUUCUCCAAAAGACGAAAUGGCCUCAUCAAGAAAGCUUACGAGCUCGCCAUUUUGUGUGACAUCGACAUCGCUCUCAUCAUGUUCUCCCCUUCCGGCCGCCUCAGCCAUUUCUCCGGCAAGCGAAGAAUUGAAGAUGUGGUCGCUCGCUACAUAAACCUCCCGGACCAUGAUCGAGAAUGUGACUUGAUGGAUCGCGAGCAUUUGCUCAAAAUUCUGAAGAAGCUUAGGACUGACAAUGACAUUGCCCUUCAAGUAACCAACCCGGAGGCUACAAACUCAAACAUUGAGGAGCUACAACAAGAGGUUUGCAACUUGCAACACCAGCUUCAAGUUGCAGAGGACGAAUUGAACCUAUAUGAGCCAGACCCUACAAAGUUCUCGUCGAUUGGAGAGCUGGAGUCAUGCGAGAAGAACCUCUUGGAUAAAAUGGCCCUUUUAGAGGAGCGCAAGAAGUACCUACUGAGCAACCAUGUCUCCACAUACGACCCUGCAAGCAUGCAGAUCUACUUAGAUGCGCAAGAGGGUCUACCGAAUUUCGACAACAACGACCUCGCGAAUUGGUUGCCUGAUCACAAUGCUGGACACAACCAGCAAAACUCUGUUCAUCAUGUAGUCUCAGAGUCAUCCUGCAUUCCUGUUAGCAACCAGUCGUCCACCUCACUAUUUGAAGCACUGUCAAAUGUCGGGGAUCCUUGUAACAACAUGGGAGGAGGAGGGAAUCAUAUGAACAACAACAACAAUAGUAAUAAUAACAAUGACAACAAUGAGAGCAUCUCAUCAUGGCAGCAAGCUUUCUCAUCGAUUUCGCCGACGGAGCUUCUUGCUGGGUUCUUGCCCCCUACUUCUUUUGCUCCCACCAUUAAGCAGCAAGAGGUGGAAGGGCCAAGCUACACAUUAAUGUUGCAUCAACAACAAGCUCAGGAGGCUCAAUCAAACUGCCCACAGCAGCAACAACAAAUGCAAUCAUCGAACGGUGGGGAUGGGUUGGAUUAUCACGAUCACAAGCUUAUCCCACAGCUUCAGCAGCAAGAGGUGGAAGGGCCAAGCUACACAACAAUGUUGCAUCAACAACAAGCUCAGGAGGCUCAAUCAAACUGCCCACAACAGCAACAACAAAUGCAAUCAUCGAACGGUGGGGAUGGGUUGGAUUAUCACGAUCACAAGCUUAUCCCACAGCUUUAGGUAAAGAUUUAUUGAAUUUAGAAGGCUUCCCUUCUUCAUUCCCCCCUCCAUUUUCACCAUUUUUUUCCAGUUUUCCUUCUCCUUUAUUUUCUUCACUUUUGUAAAUGAAGAAGCAUUUAAUUGCUUGAGUUACAAGAAACUAUGAAGAGCAUGAUUUAAAUAUUUGAUUUUCUGAUAGAGAUGUCACAUUCACAUAAACUUUGUCAUAUUAUCAUACCAAUAUCAUCCAAGUUGAUAAUCAAAUUGAUUAAGGAUUUGGGAAGAAUUGGGGAUAGAAUUAGGAAUUUGAGAUAUGGAGGGUUCGGUAAACUCUUGGACUCGACGAAGAAAGGGAAAAGAGAGGGAGAUGAGGCUCGACUAGAUAGAGGUAUUAGGGAACUAUACUUCUUAUUAUGAUUACCUACUCUCUAUGACAUAGUUACAAAAUAUAAAAUCCAACACAUUUCCAUAAAGUACCCGUUACUAACCCUUAAUACGAAAAUACCAAACAUCACCACAAAACUUCCCUUAAAGUACAAAGAUAAUACAAUAAUAACCAAAAUACCACUAAACAUAAGUAAUUGUUCAAAUAUCAAAAUGGAUGAAACUAGGAUGAGUCAGGUUUCCAUCAUACCCUCUCCUUGAGAGAAACAUUGCCCUCAAGGAUGAACUGCAUCCCCCUUCAGGGGUGGGCAACGGGAAACAGGUAUUUGGGUAUACCCAUACCCGUCCCGUUUUUUUAGGGUUACGGGUACCCAAAUACCCGUAAAUUUUUUUACGGGAUGAGAUUUGGGAACAAGAAAUUCUACAAUGGGUACCCGCGGGUUACCCGUUCAUACCCGUUUGGGUAUUACGGGUUACCCGUUCAUACCCUUUUGUCUUCUUUAAAGUAAUAAUACAUAUUCUUCCUUCGGUGAUCUAUUUCCAUGUAAUAAUACAUAGUUGCAUAUGAACCUUUUUCUUUAGAAAUGGCUCAAGCAUGGAUGCAUUACAAGGAAGUGAAAUGAGAAGAUGGAUUAUUAUAAUGAAAGAUUCACCCAUCUGCUAGGUUGCUUCUUCACCAACCCAGUAGCAGAAUGAAAGAACUCCAUCAUCUUGUUGAGGCUUGUUUGGGCUUUAGUCGUGUAGGCUUAUUUGGUUAGCAGAGAGCUAUGAAAGUUACUGUGCAGGUGAGUGUAAUUUCUUAGUUCCUGCAAUUCAGGGUCAUGGUGCCGAGAAUUCUGCUUUGAAGUUGGCUUUGGUGUACUUAUGUUAAUUUGCUUCGUUGAAUAAAGUUAUUCUUUUUUUUUUCGGCUAAUUAGCAUACACAUCUAUGGCCGCUUAGCUUAUUUAUUGUGGCUAAAUUUUCUUUCAUUAAAAUAAUAGCGGGUACCCGUUAUCCGUACCGUACGGGUAAUGGGUACCCGUUAACCCAUACGGGUUUGGGAAUGGGAUGGAGUUUCCUCUCCAAAUGGGAUUGGGUACCCGUUUCAAACGGGAUGGGUACCCAAUCUCGUCCCGUUGCCCACCCCUAUCCCCCUGGUUUGCUUUUCCUUCAUUGACUGCCAUAAGGUGAGGAUGCGGCACACUAGUUUUUCACCGUGUAUCUCUCGCUGCAAUUGAAGGAACCUUCUUCUUUGCGCUUCUGGUCUAUAUUCGUCGAUGUCAGCCUCACAAACCCCUAUGACAUUUGGUAAGGGCCUGGUUGUGCAACCACACGUGCUACGACCCCUAAUGUUUGCGAUGCAGCUAUCAAGGCGCCACUGCUCCUCCACCCAAACCUUUUGAUGCCUUAUGGAAGCACCAUGUACUUCCCUUUCAACGUGCCAACUCCUCUUUUUUUUCUGACUUACAAAUUUGGAAGUCACAUGUAGUGACUUGCGGUCAAACACAUUCACUGUUGCAAGUAACUCUGAUCGUAGCCCCACCACUCACAACCCCACUUAUGUAUCUUCUGGAAUGCCCUUGAACAUGUUUUUUUAGCUUCGUAAACUCCUACUAAUACCUAAAAAUCGUCCCAAUCUAUCUCAGCUUGGCCAACUGCUCUCGCACCCAACCCUCUGCUAUGCCAAAUUAGAACUUAAUUUCCUCCUUAAAUCUUGGCCAUGUGAUUAGUAACUCAACAUCGGUAUAAGUCCCAUCCACCUCCACCAUUAUAGGGUAUCACCCUCCAUAUAGAAGGACACUAUAUGCACAUUCCUCUCUCAUAGUCACAUGAUUGUGGAACCACAUGUUGGAAGCAUACAACCAUAAUCUUGCGUUCUAUUGGCCAUUAAAUUUAUAUAACAUAA